AUGAUCUAUAGCUUUUCCUAUAGUGCGAUAGGAAGGACGGUCUCUUCCUUCACCCGGCUCCCUAACACCCUUCGCUCGGUCACGGACCACUUUCUCUCUAUUUGCCCCACCACACUCACCAUUUACCUCCUCGAGGAGCGCCUCGUGGCAGCUGAGAAGAGUAUAGUCGCUGUAGGAGCCUCUAGAGGUGACCCUCGUGCCCCUGUCUUUGAGGGGUGCUCCCCCUCCCCCCUUUUGCCCUCUGUUGCCUAUGCUGCGGCCGUCGACUUCGUUGGCACCAAGUCAGUCGGUGCUGCGUCUGCCCCUAGCGGGCGACGCCGCACCGGCAAGGGCAAGGGGGGCAAGGGCGCAGGAGGGGCUGGCGGGGGCGGUGAAGGUGGCGGUCGAGGAGGCGGAGGGAGUGGGGGUGGUGGUGGGGAUGGUGGCGGGGGUGGGGGCUUCGGUGGCGGCGGUGGCGGCGGAGGCAGCAGCGGCGGUGGCGGUGGGAGCGGAGGAGGAGGCGGUGGCGGCGGUGGCGGAGCUGGCGGCGGAGGAGGUGGAGCUAGUCAGGGUGGCUCUGCGCAGCGGGGCGGCUUCGGUGGUGGUCAGCGCCAGCACCAGCAGCGCACUCGUGAGACCCUGGCCCCCCAGCAGCAUCGUGAGUGGUACGCUUCGCGUCAGCGGGGUGGGGGUACUGGUCCCUGUACCUACGUCCUGUGUACCGGCGACCAUACGGGUGAGUAG